GCCAUCUGCCCGACAUAAAAUACGAAGAGUCGUUCAUCAAGAAUACGACAACAGUAGAAAUUCCGUAUGAAAUGUCCGUCCUUUUGAGCCUUGGACCAAAGUUUGCGCUCAUCCCAGAACGAGCCCCGAUUCCAGAAAUUAUUACGGAUCUAGAGUACAUAGUUUCGAGGUACUCCCAUCCGAAUCUGGUCAACGCCGUCCGUGGACAACUGACCUACACACUGACCAAGUUUUCCAAGACGUCACCCAGUCACAAUCGCAUCCAGUUAUUCUUGAAGAAAGCAACCGUCAUCACCGCGAAAUUUUUGAAAGAACAUCCAGACAUUUUUAUCUCCAACAGCGAUAAAGGAAACAAAACGGUCAUUUGCCAUGUACAAGAUUAUGAGUUCAAAAUGAAAGAAUUGUUAAGCGAUCCAACCCAAUUUCAACCCAUAGACAAGGAUCCGACCACUAGUUGCGAAAGCAAACUCAACAACCACCUGAAGACCAUCCAAGAUAAACAUUCCAUCAACAAAAAACAACGCCUCCACCUUCAAUCAACUACAGCCAUACCCCCUCGCGUUUUUGGCCAAUACAAGAUCCACAAGGAAAGACCUGAUGGCAAUGGUCAUCCUCUACGAUUAGUAACGUCAACCGUUAAGACUGUAGCCUACAACGCCUCAAAAGAAUUGACAUCCAUCCUGUCCAAAGCUUACCAAAACCCGAAGUUUACCAUCAAAAAUUCUCGCCAAGCUUUCAACGCUCUUCGAAACAAACGCAUCCUACGUGGACACAGAAUGGCAUCGUUCGACAUGGAAAAUUGUUUUGGCUCGAUAUCCACAGCUUUAGCCAUUAAACUUAUUAAAAAUGAUUUUGACGAAAAGGUACGUCCGCACACCACUAUGGAAAAAGAAGAUUUCAUCGAGCUUUUACGGAUAUGUUUGGAUGAAUGCAACUAUCUGCUAUACAAAGGACAAUUCUACCGUCAGAUUAAUGGUAUCUUCAUGGGCAACUCCUUGGGUAGCAUAAUCGUACAAAUCGUCACUGAACACAUCAUCAGUCAGGUAAUCGAACAGCUCAAAAAGGACAAACUCAUCCCACCAUCCGUAUGGAUAGUGUACGUAGAUGACCACCUAGUCAUAUGCAGAGAACCGGUCAUAAACGAAAUCUUGAAAAAGCUCAAUGCUUUUGACCCUGGCCGCAUAAAAUUUACCUGUGAAUUAGAGACCAACUCGUCAAUUAAUUUCCUCGAUUUAACAAUCAGAAGACAAGAUGGCUCCGUCAUUACGAACUGGUACAGUAAAUCAAUCGCAUCAAACCGUAUGCUGAACUAUUACUCGGCACACCAAAAGAAAACCGUUUCCAAUGUAGCCAUUUCGUUUGCUAAAAAAGUCUUCGAGUAUAGCCACCCCACUUACCACCAGGAAAACACCAUCAAAAUAAAGGACAUACUUACGAAGAACAACUUUCCACAAUCUGAAAUUCAACGCAUCAUCCAACUAGCUAAGAGAAAACCAAACACCGUAAAGAAACCCGCAGACAACACUACGCCAAAAUUCGCAUCUGUUGUCUACGUACCUGGCAUGUCUGAAUCGCUGAAAAAACAGAUCAAAUAUUUCAUACCGGAAGUCAAAAUUGCCGAUCGUCCGACCCAAAAAUUGGCAACGUUUUAUUCGAAGGAGAAGGAUAAAAUCGACAAGACCGAAUCAUCGGGUGUAGUCUAUCAAUUCACAUGUCCGGACUGUAACUGCAUUUACAUUGGUGAGACUUGCCAAAAACUAUGUACCAGAAGACAACAGCACAAAAAUUCUAUAUCUACAACCAAUCUGGCUAGGACUAAAGUUUCUUCAGCACUGGCGCUACACACCAAAACAACUGGCCAUCAAUUCGACUUUGAAAGAAUUAAAAUACUUGAUCGUAACAGCAACAAACGCAAACUGCAAAUAUCAGAAGUCAAUCACAUAAUCAUGAACCAAGAACGUGCCUGCAAUUACAAAAAAGACUCCGAGCGAAUUGCUCCAGCAUACACCAAUCUCUUACGGCAAUUCGCUGGGAAAAAUGACCAAUGUAACUGGACUAGAGUAAUUAAUCAUGCAACACCGAAUAAUUGACAUCUCACCACCGACAACUUACUUGUCACCUAUGUUUGACCGAUAAGAAAUUGUUUUUCGUGUAAAGUUGUUAAGUUCACCGGCUAAUGCAAGUUUAUAACCCUUUUAAUUUUCUUGACGAAAGCUCUAAAAUGAGCACAGGCUGUGAUAACCGCUAAAUUUUGACCAAUUAGCCCUGAUGAUGACCUGGUAUUAGGUCGAAACGUCGGCAAUUUGAAAACAAAAUUGUUUUAAAAUCAUUGGCAACCAAAACCUCAGCUACACAACAAAAACAAAUCUAAAUUACUUAAAAUUGUUGCCAGCAAUACAACAACAAACAUUGAAUGAAUUGUUUCAUUCAUAAAAAGUCGUUUACUGAACAAUCCUUGAAGAAAAUCGAAGUCUGAAAAGUACGAAAAACUAUCUAUUGUUUUCUGAGACGUCAGUAUACGCUUUUAUGUACAGUAGUGCGAUCAAAGUAGUGCGUAAAUGGAUUUUCGCACUAGUGCGCAAAAGUGACGUUUGGAAAAAUGAAGAUUCCACUACUGUACAUAAAAUCGUGUUGUUAACUUGUGCCUAAACUGGAAAUUUGCGCAUACUAUGUGUUGUCAACCUUGGUUUCGCCUCGGGUUGAUAUUUUUUGCGCAAAGUUUCCAUUUAGACACAUGUUAUCAAAAUAGCUAUUUGUAUACUUUUGAGACUUUCUUUUCAGACAGGAACACUCUAUUGAUCCUUUUAGCAUUCCACUCGAAUAAUACGAAUGUCAUACAGCAUUUUAGAAACGACAAGCGCACUGCCAUGUAACGAUGAAAUCUGUUACUUCAUUUGUUUAAAGUAUCGCCUAGUUCACACAAAAUCGUUUAUUUCAUUAAUUUUAAAAUAUCUUUGACUAUUAAGACCAAGUUAAGCAAAGAACAACACUUCGUUUUGUCAUUGCUGUCAAUAAAAGAUGAUUAUCCAAUUUAGAACGCAAUGCCGCACACCUAA